CCGGAAUAAUUUUAGCACGCCAGCUCACGCAAAGCAAAUAGGUGACUGACUCGCUCACAUAAGAAUCUUUUUUGUUCACAUCCAGCUCAAAACAAUGAUCACUAUUUUCCGCUAACGUGUUUACAAAACACUGCACAAAGUGGCACCAGAAAGCGGAGACAUGUGGACGCUGGUGUGAAGCUGCGGAAGUGGGGGGAGCUGCUACUGCCAGGUGACCAGUCAUUAUGAAGCCUGUCAAGUGUCAGAGCUUUCCUUCCAGCAUGAACACCAGACAACCACAUGGUUACUUGGUUCGUACGCCAAAAUUUCUUGACACUAUGCAUUGUGGCAAGUGUGGAUUUGCUACGUCGGAUGUGGACUUAUUCAAAAGGCACAUGCUUGACCACACUGGGUCCAAACUGUUCUGUAUUUACUGCCAAAAAUCCGUAUUGAACAAGGCAGAGCUAAACUCUCACCUGGAGGAACACAUCAAGUCGACUCUCUCAUGCCCGCACUGUGGACAGCGCUACAUGCGGAAGAUGAACCUUUUAAAACACAUUGAGUACGUGCAUAGUAAAAACAUUAGUCAAGCACUCAAAAAGGUUGGUGGAAGCAAAGAUCCCCUGGUCUCCAAUGCCUUACCAAGUGUACAGAGUGCAGUGCACUCAAUGCGACCACCAGUUCAAGUAAAUGUGCCAGCCCUCAGCACACCCAGUGUCAGUCUUGUUAAAGACGGGCAGCAAGGUAGAACGAUGAACACGAUGCUUCCUAUUUCUUCAAAAGUUGUUCCAGAUAGUGUUGUUCAUCACAACAGGGCAUUAACAGUGUCACUCCCAGAGGAAAUAAGUAUACCUGCUGGGUGCUUAGUUGAGCUCGUGGAAGUAAAAACCGUCAAUGGGUCAAAGGAGCUAAAGCUGAGGCUGGUGUCACAACAAGAAAACGAGGCCGGAAUGAAAGACACAAGAACAACAGUACAACAAAAUCUCACAGCGGGCAAGACUUUAGCGUGCAAAUUAAACCCCCCAAAUGCAGUAAAGUCACCAAAUAUGGGAAUGUGCGUGGUGAACAGAAAGCUGUUGGAAACAAAGAUGGCGGCUCAGCAAUGCUCUGCUGUUAAACCUGUCAGCGCGUCUAAAAGCCUGAUGUCAAAUCAAGCAAGCAAAGUGAAACUCACACUGAAAAGGACGUCACAGGAAGUCAUUAACUUAGACAGUCCGACCAAGGUUUCCAAAACUGUCUGCAAUCCUGUGCGAGAAAGGAAUGAAAUUGUAUCGACGUGGAGCGAACUUGUCCAUGAUCGAGCGAAAGCAAACAACGUUCUUUUGACCCGUGAGACAAGAAUGCUGACCUCUCACCUGCAGUCGGUAAUAAUGGGCUCAUCUGCAUAUCAACAAAUAACGGAUCAAAGUCUCAAAAGUAUUCCAGAUCAGUGCAAGAGUAUUCACCCCUCAAAGGCAGACAAAGCAGGACGUUCUGUCCUCGACAGACUCACCACUGUUAAAUCUGAACCUGGCAUGGAUUACCUCAAGGAUAACACUGGCUCCAAAGUCAAGGAUACACCUAAAGUCAUGAACACUCCAGCAGGUGUCAACCAACAAGGUCACAAACCCACUUCCUUGAAUGUUACUUCAGGUGCAGCUGUCCGAGUGACGCCUUCAAAGGUCAAUCUUUGCCAGGAGAGCGAUACUCCUCAUUUGUCUUUUCCCAGUACUGCCACAGGGCAGAGGACGGUCCAUGCAUCCCCAUCGCUCAAAAUGCCCACGGUGCCUUGCCGCUCCAAGUCAGACAUUCCAGUUUGGCCUCAGGUUGCCCGCCCAAGCAAGGAGACGUCUGAGAGAGACACACCAAAGCCUGAAGGCUUCCCAGUCAUCUCCUCCGUGUUUUCCCUGAGCGAACAACAAGGAAACACUGAGGGCGCCAUGCAGCCACUGGUCAUGGCACUGCGGGGCAUUGUGAUGGACAAAAGCAGCACAACUGAGAAGGUGACGCCAAAUGUAAACCGGAUGUGCGGAUCCGUGAAAGAAGAAAGCAAAAUCGAACUUAUUCAGCAACAGCCAUCCAACACGGUGGCGAAUGUGGACAAGGAUGAUGUCAUGGUGGAGAAAACCAGAUCGACGCAGACGGACAAUUGCAGCCACGACCCAGCCUUGAAAUCCGAAAAUGCCGAGCCUGUUUCUGCCAACGUGUCAGACGUGUCUGCAUUUGAUGUAAAUCGUCAGUAUGACAUCUCCAAAUUUUUGACUGUCUCGUUGACAAGAGUGGACGAACGCGGCAUGUGUAUGAACAGCGAGAAGGGACCCAAACCCCCAGCUCGUCAAUGUGACACUCCGAUACCUGUCCGUGACGCCGGACGGUUGAUGCCACUCAAGGUGGAGCAGCUGGUGACGUGGCCGUGCCCAAACCAACCCGUGGUGGUGCUCAAUCACCCGAAGCCACGGGUCCCAAUACAAGAACCGGUCAAUGCUGUCGCAAACACUGGAAUCCCCGAAAAGGCCCCAAAGUGCCAAAUUUUAAAGAUGAGACUUUGCAAAGUGAUAGGGCAGAAAUAUGAGGUUACAGGCUGCACUGUCAGGUUCUUCCAAUGAGGUGUUCACAACAUUCACUUUAGAUAAGUCUUCACUUCCAUUGGUCAGAAUUUGUGAUAUUAGAAAAAGGGACCAAAUAAAAUUAUUUUCCCACGAUUAAUGUGAUGUCUAACCUGUUCUAGAGUUUUUAGUCACAGCCGAGUCUCAAGGGAGAUUUUAAAAAGACUGAAUUUUGCAGGAUCCCAAUUUACAAAACUACAACUAGAUUCUUUCGCCAUAUUUCACCACAACGCAAUCCUUUCCAAUUCUCAGUUUUGUCUUCGCCGGUGUUUCCCCUCUAUCCAUGCUGUUCACGUGAUUGGUUACUAAAGAGUUUCUUUUUUGCGAUUUUGUUGGAGCUUAUCUGUUGGUUGGUGGUUGCGUCACAUCACUGCAAAGACUGAGAAACAUUUGAUCACAUCAAACACAUUUGAUAUUCUAAAGCAGCCAAGUCUUGUGCUGUUAGACGUGAUUUCAAUAAUGUCAGGAAAAGUCUGAGAACAGCUGAAAUUUAUUGGGGGUUUAUCCCAGGUACUUUAAAUGGUGGCAGAUGUGUGCUGACUCACAUUAACAUGAAUUAGAAAGUGAUUGGAACACAUCCACAGGUAUAAGAGGGUGUGCAAACUUGUGCAACCUCAUCUCAAUUGAUUGUUUUUACUCUCCUCUAAAAGCUGUCAAGUAUGUUUUCAAUGGAGUUGUACAGGUUGCUGUGCACAUUAAUGGUAGACAAAAGCUUUGAAAUGAUUUACCUUGAUCCCGUUGCUGCAUCGCCAAAAACUUGUGGUAUUUCAACAGGGGUGUGUAAACUUUUUAUAUCCACUGUUUACAUGGGAACUGUACAUUUGUCAUUUGUGCAAAGUGUUGCGAUGAAGAUUUUCACUUGAUAUUUUAUAAUAGAAAAUGACAAAACAACUCCACAUUUUUGUUUCCUUGACUGCUGAAUGAUUUUUCUUCACAGUCUGCUUACAUGUUUCUGUUUGGAAAGCACGAACAAAGCUACAACAGAGUUUGUAACUGGCAACAAUGAGAAGUACAGACAGUACUCUGAAUCUUUUCUAGUAGCAAAUAUAUCAUAAUUGUAACAUUUGUUUGGGAUGAAUGAAUGAUGCGCAACAUCGGGAAAGUAAUACAUUCUGACGGACAUCCACGUGCCAGUGACUUUUUUUUGUUUUUGUUUUUUGUAGUUUUCACUACGGUUUGGAACGAUCCAGAUCCUUGCUCAAUCUACAAAAAUCGAUUUCCAUACUUCUUUAUUAUUUAUUGAUUUUUAUCCAUAGAGUGUUAAGAAUUGUCAACCCUCCAGAUCGAGACUUUGCAAUUGACCUAUGCCACUAGUAAACAAAAGAAAGAAAUGAAUGUCUGUUUUUGUCUAUGGUGUACCAGUCCCAAUUUGAGAGAGACUGCCACAGCAUGUCAUGUACAAACAGUUCUAAGAAAGAUCCUUCCAGAGUUGUUGUUGUUUUUUAAAUGCAGAAAGAACCAUGGUUUACGUAUAUCAAUAAAAACUGUUAUACAGCACAUCUGAUGCAUUUUGAGCUAUAUCAUGAACAAUAAUGCUGCAAGCACAAAUGAUUCAGCAGGCCCAUCUCUCACCUGACUAAUGAUUUAAGGGAAAGAUUUAAAUGUAGCUUCACACUAAUGGAACCUAAACUUUUUUAUCAUGUUGUUUUUGGGACGCUUUUCUUCUGUACAGUUUCAAAGUUGUUAAAUUUACCGUGUCGAUGUCAACAAUCUACUUCCCCGUCUGACACUCUACUUUCCCAUCUGGGUCGCGAAUAACAUGUUGAUAUCAACACUGUGAAUACACUUAUAAAAUACAUAAGCAUGAUUAUACUUAGCAAAGCUGAUCGUUCGUGCGUGCGUGCGUGCGUGCGUGUGUGUGUGCGCACGCGCGUGCGUGCUAAACCUAAAACAUUAUUACUUCUCUCACAUGUAAUGACAGGCUUAACCACCUAUUACCUCAAACACAUAAAACAUAACUGAGAUACAUGCUUCAUGGGCAAAACUCCUUUGAAAUGAAUCAUUUGUUUCUGAAUACAUGAGCAAGAUUGGAGAUAUGUAAAUGAUUAAAUGUUACCAUAACCAACCAUACCAUUACAUUCCUCACACUUGUAUUGAUAAGCACAACCCUUUGUAAUAUUCAAAACACACGAAACAUAUUUGUGAGAAUAUGGUCAUGGGCUAACCCUCUAAACAUGAGAAAAGCUGCUUCUGGAUACAUAUGUUGGCAAAAUGAUGAUCUCUAGUGUCUAAUUCUGAAAUUAUCAUUCUAAUCUGUCUACUGUGGUUCUCUCCAUUUCCCUCUAGUGGUUCAACAUAAAAUGUCUGGUUCCCUCGACAGGUGAAACUGUUGUGCCUUAUUUUGAAAAAGUCUAAAUCAAGUACUGUAGAGCUCUCAUUACUGGUUAAACCUAAUCUAGAAGGGCCUAAAUCAAGGAUGGUGAACUCUCAUGUUUGAACUUUUAGAAUUGCAAAUUUUCUUGCCAAUUAUAAGUGUUCGUUUUACACUCCAGAGUUCUUUCCUCUUGCGUUAUGUCACCACUCCAGUUGUCACCUUUAUGUCUGUUAUAUCAGUUUGUUUCAUUUUUUUUCUUAUAUUGAGGUUUUGAAAGCCUUGUCUUCAAAAAUUACAUUAUUUGUGAAUGUUAGUGUAAAUACUAAAUAAACAUUUCUUAUUUUGGUGAUACUUUUUUUUGAAAAGGAUGCACCACCGGCUUUGUUUUUAUAAUGAACAUUUCAAGUUAGAUUUCUUGACCAAGAACAGCACUGAUAGAUGUGUAGGCGGGAGGAGAAUAUUAGGAAU